CAAUCAGAACGUGUGACAGCAUAAAAUUUGGAGGCAGAGGAAAAUAAACAUGUGCUAGGUCCGAAGUGGUACUACCUUUGAAAACAAUAUGACUGGGGCAAAAGGCGAAUUCGUGCUGAGUGCCGAGGAAAGUAAAAAAUAUCAAGAACUUUUCAACAAACUCGAUGUGAACAGUGAUGGACGCAUUGAUAUUGCUGAUUUGACGAGUUCUCUUACGGAAAUGAAUGUUCCUCUUGGUCAGGCACAGGAAUUCUUAAAGAAGCACGAUGCUAACAAAGAUGGUCAAAUUGACUUUGCUGAGUUUCUUAAAUAUGUCACAGUACAUGACCAACAGCUGCGACUGUAUUUUAAGAAAAUUGAUACUAAUCAAGAUGGUACAAUCGAUGCGAGCGAGAUCCAAGAGUCUUUCCGUAAACUGGGUCUGAAUAUAGACAGAGAUGAGGCGGAGAAAUUACUCAGCAGAAUGGAUAAGGAUGGUACACUUAAGAUAGAUUUCAAUGAAUGGAGGAACUUCCUCCUGUUGUCGCCAGCACAGAAUAUCCACGACAUGUUACAUUACUGGAGACAUGCCUCUAUCAUAGAUAUUGGUGAGAACACUAUAGUCCCUGAUGACUUCACAGAAAAGGAAAUGAAGACAGGGAUGUGGUGGCGCCACCUAGUAGCUGGUGGAGCAGCAGGAGCAGUGUCGAGAACAUGUACAGCCCCACUGGACAGACUCAAAGUCCUGUUACAGGUGCAUGCCACUAGUAAAAACAACUACGGAGUAGUAAACGGCUUCAAGUUCAUGCUGAAUGAGGGAGGUGUAAAAUCUCUGUGGCGAGGUAAUGGCAUCAACGUGAUCAAGAUUGCCCCGGAAACGGCCAUCAAGUUUAUGGCAUAUGAGCAGAUAAAGACCUGGUUCAGGGGAGAGGAUCCAGCAAAAGAGCUGCAUAUCCUGGAACGUCUGUGUUCAGGCUCCUUAGCUGGGUGUAUAUCACAGACAGCUAUCUACCCAAUGGAGGUGUUGAAGACACGACUAGCACUGCGGAAGACUGGGCAGUUCAAUGGUAUUUUUGACUGUGCUAUGAAAGUGUACAAGAAUGAAGGAAUAAGAAUGUUUUACCGGGGCUAUGUACCAAACAUUAUAGGAAUUAUACCGUACGCUGGUAUAGAUUUAGCUGUAUAUGAGACCUUAAAGAAGACGUAUAGACAGAAAACAAAUGGUCAGGACCCUGGCAUCCUUGCUCUGCUCGGCUGUGGGACAAUAAGUUCUACAUGUGGUCAACUGUCUAGUUAUCCCCUCGCACUCAUCCGCACCAAACUACAGGCUCAAGGAGCCAAAGGACAAGACACCUUAAGAACUAUGUUCACGAAGAUCGUAAAACAGGACGGAUUCUUUGGACUUUAUCGUGGCUUGGCGCCCAACUUUAUGAAAGUGAUACCUGCUGUCAGUAUAAGUUACGUGGUGUAUGAGCACUCGCGUGAUGCUCUCGGAGUAAAGUCAGGGUAAGAUUGUCGCCACGGACAAUGGAGAACUGCUUCUGUGAUAUGACCAGAGAUUCCGGCUCAACUUGAGAAAUAUCCGCCAUUCUACAUCAAUCUAGUUAUGGACUCGAAAAUAUCCAGGAAUUGGGUUUUCUGACUCAAAGAUUCAGAACUGGGUGAUAUUCAAUUCCAAUUUCAGAUUUGCUACAGGCUUUUUUCUUAAACUUAAGAAUUGUGACUAAAUGAAGUUCAACUGUAUAAAUUUGGAACAGAAGAUUGUCUCUAUUUUGAGGAAUCUCCUAUUCCACUUUCCAUGACCAACACUAAAGUAUUGUAAACCAGGAUGGUCUCCUUUGUAGAAUGUUUUCAUCCGUGGACUGUUAGGUAGUCACUGAUGUGAAAGUUAAAUGUUCUGACUGAUUUUUGACAAAUAGUGUAAAACUAGUGAAAUUGAAUAUCUUCUCUGUGAUAAUGGUAACAUUUUUGAGAAAAAUAUUGUCAGCCUGAAAAAAUCCUCACACCAACAAUAUCCUCACUGAAAAUUUCCUCGUUCUGAAAAUACUACAUACUGUGAAAUUGUUUACUCAGUGAAAUGCCUAGGUGUAUGGUAAUUUAGAGGGGUGUUGAUGUGUGAUGACAAGGUAUAAAAGUCCCUAUGAGUCUGAGGAAGAUGUAAAAACAAUCCUCCACAAAUGCAACCGCAUUACUGUUACAGGUAGUAUACAUCCUAAUUAUGAGCACAUUAGGCACAGAUGACCAGCCAAAUGGAGUGCCAUGAUUUAGUUCUGUACAACUUAAUGGUGAUAUAAUAUACAUUUAUAGAGCAAUUUAUCUAAUAUAUCUGCUGACAUGUUUAUUUUAGCUCACUGUAAUAGUUGCCAUGAUGAAAAAGUCAACAAUGUUAAUUAAAAUGUUGGCCUGAUAGUAUAGUUAAUUUAUGUUCUUAUUAAUAUUAUAUAUACCAUAAUAUUAAGUGGGGUCCACUGUAUAUGCAUAUAGUUUCUUUGCUUAAAUAUUUAAAGAUUUAACUAUCUACAAAAUAUAUCAAAGGCUUUUUAAAAUAAAUAAAUAAC